AUGGUUCGUGUCCUUUGCUGAACCUGCUUUAAUGUCCUGCUUAUUCAAAUUUCCUACGAAUUCCUGUAUGAAUUUUCCGUAAAAUAAUUCCGAGAAAUGAAAAAAAAGACUACAGAACUGCGCACUCGAAAUAAAUCGAACGCUUCCAGUAGAGAUUCACUCAUUAAGGAUAUGCUACCUCUAUAUUGGUACUAAGUUCAUAAAACAAAUGCUCUAAACUUAAAUAUUUUGUGCUAAGAUAAUCAAAUCCUGGUCUCGUAUUAGUGUAGAUUGCUGCCGCGGUGCUCUCUUCGUUAAUCUGACUGUGUCGUUCUUCGCAAGAUAAGUUUUUCGUUUUCGAAAUCCUCAUCAAACCUCCAAAUUUCCAUCUGGAAUUUAUGAGAAUUGAAACGGUUUGAACAUGUUGGAAUUCGAUUCAAAAACACUAUCGGAAAGAUGUCAUUAUAAAUGUGGCUUCACGACAUAGAGAAACAAUUAAACGGGAAUGUAUUAAAUACUGAUUACGUUCAUUAGAUAAGUAAGUAAAUAGCAUGGACGGACUAAACAGAGAAAACCUUUUCGUCUACUGUGGCUUCAGUUGCCUUCUGGAUAAUAAACAUCUGUCUGUGCAUCGCUAGCGUUCCUUUUGAUAAUUCCUUAAUGGGAACCCUCUUUUAAAUGCGGAGGAAUAGAAAGACCUCGACGUCUUGAUGACCUCCUUCUUUAAACCAUCACUAUAUUUUAUUGUCAAAUGUUUGCCAAAUUUGCAAAUAGAAAAGGAAUCGUCUAAAAAAACCCACUGUGUAUUUUUUGACAUCAACUAGAAUAUGCCGUCCGGGCCUGGUGUCCGAUGUCUUCGAAGGAUCAUCAACGGCUGGAACAAUUCAGGGGAGGACGACAAGUUGUCGAGAAUCGUGGUCAUCUGCCUUACGAAACCAGACUGCCCGAAAUAAAUCUGUCCUCUCCCAAUUACAGGCAAGUGUGCGGCGAUCUCAUUUUAACCUACCGGAUUGCCAGAGGCCGUUGGUGUGCCCUAGACUUUGACGAAUUCUUCGAAUUUGUCGGGACGGACCGUCUACGUGUUCACCACUCUAAGCAGCAGAGAUAGCCGGCCCAUACGGACGGCCUACGGGGCGCCUUCUCGCAGAGAAUCACUAGAGAUUAAAACAACAUCCUUAAUGCUGUAGUUCUUUCAAAAAUACUGAAUCCUUUAAGUGCUGACCAGACGCUCUUUGCUUCGAAACUGCUGUUAAUGAAAGUUUUAUUGGCUGCAGUUUGCGCCUGACCUACACUUACCGUUGACCUUUGAAUUUCCGGAUUUACUGAUGUUAAAAUUGAUCCUAUUUCUACUUAUCGACGUGAAUAGGGCUGAAGUACGAAAGCUUCAUUCUCUUGAUAAUCUUAAGCGACUGAAAGGGUUUUACUUAACUGGAAUUUGGGCGGAAAUAAGAUGAAUGCGCGUUGUCACGAACCUACCCAGUCAACGGUACCUUUUUGCUACUCAAUUCUUUUAUUUCCUUUUUCAGGGCCACGUUCAACGCCCACAAACAACCAGAACAACCACCAGGGUCCCGCUAAUGACCAAUUUGUCUAAUGUCUCCCCUCGUUUAUGCAGCCGGCUGCGUUCCCCCCUUUCGUAAUCUCAUUGUUAGGAUUUAAACUACUCUUAUCCGUUUUCUCCCCCCGCUUCCGUACCCCUUUAUUAUCUAACCCGUUAUUAUAAUAGUAUCCCAUUCAGACUAUAUUCUUCUAAUGUUUGAUGUGUGGCGUCUGCAUGCCGAUCACUGAGGUACUAAUACUCAGUCCCCCGUAGGUCGUCACAGCGUCUUCGAAUCUCCAGGGGGUUUGUUGGUUCUUACCAUUUGCGGGUCCCCGCAUUUGGGUACGUGUAACUCUCAGAGCAGUGAUCAGCGGCGAAGGUUUGAGGUAUUUUACAGCAGUCUUGGUAAACGUCUGGAAUACUGACUUGUGAUUGACUGUAUACCCAAGUAAUUUUGACAUUAAAGUUGGAGAUUAACUAUAGAACGGCAACCAAUGAAAUCGCAGAUUGCAAAAACGAGGUAGCCAAUUAUGUGACAGACAUACCUAUCUCGAUAAAUCGCCAUUCACGUAUAUCUACUCGAUAUCUAUUGCUACUAGGGUACUUUCGCACUCGGGCUGCUUUACUAGUAGAAAUACUAAUUCGUAGAAUCCAGACGACCCAGGCGGCCCCUUACGGGAGCAGCAUUGACAUGGAGAAGGGUGUUCGCAUGGUCCUGAUUGAGAUGUGCAAAACCUUUUUCCUGCGCAGUGUUUGCCUGUUUUGUGACUUUUUUCUAUAAGUACACGUACCCACUGCCUCUUCUUGAAUGCUGUGUUGUUAUUGCAUGCAACUGCCAGUAGCUCGCCUUUCAGACUGUGGGCGUUGUUAAGCCUCAGAAGCGGCCAUCUGGUUCACUAUCCAAGGCGCCACUCCAUAAACUCCAAAAGCGGUUGUGGUAUUUUUAAUUUUGAAUGCAUCAUUCGUAAGCUUGUAUGCGUGUUACUGUGGUUAUAGGCCCAUCUGACCAGCCAUUGACAGUUUUCGCCCGAUGCGCGCAGAUAACUCCUUUUAUUUGCCUUUUUGCAGGCCACUGCGUCCGUACGAGGCUCGAAAACUGUUUUUGUACGUACUUCUUAAAUGUUCACUCGCUCGGAUGGAUGCGCCAAUAUCCACUUCACAAAAGCCAUCCCGGUCUACCUACCCUCACGCAGCUUCUGCUGCAACCUCUCAUACACAAAUGAAUUCUGCCGCUACAAAUGCCUUCUCAACUACGUCGGGGGACCAUAUUGCGCCGAUUAGUGGCAAAAGUGGUAAGGAUACUUUCCGAAGAGAACGAAUUUGUCGCCCAGUCUUAAAGUCUAUUAUUAUUCAUCACGUGGAUUUGUAAUUUUCGUUUUUUGGGACGCCUGAAGGUCUUCGACGCUGAACAUACUCGAUUGUGUGGUGCGGCUCGUCCAUUCUUCAUCCGCCACUUGAAUUUAGUCCACCAUAUCGCCGUAAAAAUUGCUCUGCCAUAACCUCGUCGAACAUGCCCAGACAAGUUCGAAUGGCAACAGGCACUAUCCACACCACGGGUGGAUCGGUUGCAGCGAAACACAUAUUUGCUAUAAUAGCGUGGGGGAUACCGACAAAGAGAGUAAUAUUACCAGAGCUGUAACCACAGCAGACAUAUCAUUUGCAUUGCCUUAUGAUUGCAUCUCACCCAUAAAGUAAAUUUGAGUAUUAUUAGGGAGCCUUGUUGAACGUCGGCCCCACCCUCCAAAUCCCAUAGUGAUUCGGUGGGAUGACUUCAUCGAGAUGACUGGGCACGGGACUAUGCAGGAUUGCUUACUCGACACAAGCAUUAUUCACUCGUGUCAUCACAUGGAUCGUUCCUAAUUAUUAGAAAAAGCGUGCUGCGCACGCUUGUCAGCGAGUUGGGGCAGGCACACCGGCUUACCUCAUUCGGUUUAGUUCGCUAGUCGAAACAGUUACCAGCGUGUGGCUACCUUGCUGUGAAGGCACAGAUAGGAAGUGGACGCAGGGCACAAUCACCACUUCGUGUAACAAGUCACCCAGUUCAGUUACAAACUGGACAAAGUAUAACCUCACCUCUGUGCCUUACCUGGCCAUCUCGUUCGCCCGACAUCUAGGUAGCCUUCUUCCGCAGAUCCUUACUCUUCCCCGCUUCGCCGAAAAUGCCAAUUCAAUCAUCCAUACCGUUACCCUGAACUCUUUCCUCUCGCUUUUAAGUGCCAAACGCUGUGCCGUUGACUCGACCUCUCCAGACUGCUAACGGAAAAUUUGCCAACCCCUGGGACACAUGGCAAGAUGUCGUUACCAACAUGAAAGCGGCAUUUGCACUUUUGACCAGUAAUGCAGACGAGGGCUAUGCCCCCUCCCCAUCAGAUUCGCAACUUGAUCUUCAUCUGCCAAUCAGAAAGCCAACCUUUGGUCCAGCCUUUUCCGAUAACCCUUCCUGUGGAAUCCGGGCAACCUGGCUGGGCCAUGCGUCAGUCCUAUUUAACGUUGAUGGAUUAAACAUUCUCUGUGACCCAAUUUUCAGUCGGCGUUGUUCUGCUAUUCAACUAGUUGGCCCGAUCAGAUUCAGACCUCCGCCCUGCAAGGUAAUAUCGUGACACCCGUCGCUGCGCCUUUAUUUCCUUUGCCUUUGAGCUAAACAAUUCGUUGGACUGGUAUUGCGCUUCAAAAGAUAAACUCAGCUAGAUUUGAAUUCUACGCUGCUGUAAUGGAAGAAAUUGCACAAUACAAAUUUUUUUAUCUAGAUAUUUGUCAAGUCAAAUAGUUAUCGAGGACUUCUGGGUUCAGCCCGUUUUGUGAAUCAAGAUUGUAUAGACCUGCUCUAGACCUGAGUGGGUCCACCUAACUAUCGUGAACAGUGGAUAGCAGUUUCCAUGAUUCUAAUGCCUCUUUGGAGAGGAAGCACUGUCUAGUCCGCAAACGUCCCCAGAUAGCAAUUUAAAAGGUGAAAAAGGACGGAUUCUUGCAACCUCACGCUGGGUUCCAUUAUCUUAGGUGUUGGUUUGAUGUCGACUUGGUGGUUAAUUCGCUGAAGUCCGAAAAGUUUACAUCUCAUCGGGUCUCGCUUUACUACUCUUCUUGAUCUAGCUCGGCUUCGUUUGGCCAACAGUAUUGAUGCUGUAUACUGCCUGUUCCGCGUGUUUGGUGAAAAUCGUCCCGCGAGACUUCAGCGUCUUUGUUGGCCAUAAGUUUUGGAUUUACUGAAGAAUGUCAUUUCCGUCCCCACCUUAGCCAUCAUAAACUAGCUCUCCGCAGCUUUUCAGCAAGUGACUUUCCAAGAUUAUUCGAAUAGCGACGCACCAUGGCCUGUCCCGCUCGGCCUAGGACUUCACACUUAUUAAACUGGAGUUGGUCAAAACAAGUGCGAACCCAGGCUUUCACUGUUUCUGACUAUGAAAUUUCUUGAACAGUCUUCUGCUGUCUAGGUUUUUGCAGUCUUAACCUUUUUUGAUCACAGCAUCCUUGCGGCAUGUUCCUUGCUGGCAACAGUCAUGCAGACCCUGGUCCCAUCGAAAAUUUGUGCUUUAAAUUUUAGUGAUUUCGCUGAGAAGCAGAACCCAGGGAAUUCUGCUGUUCAUGUUCGUCUUAAUGUUAUUGUCAGAUUUCGGACUCGAAUCCUUACUAUUGACGCCGACUCCUUGCCGUGCUUGUAAUGCGCCUGAACUUCCUUCUCCCACUACCGAGUCUUCCUCAUUUUCUCUAUGUUGACCUGUCUCUCCCCUGUUAUCUCUCAUUCACGUCUAGAUAGCAGACUUACCGCCUCUCGACGCAGUUGUCAUCUCGCACAACCACUUUGAUCACAUGGACGUCAACACAAUGACUGCGGUUGGGAAGCACUCACCCAACGCACUCUGGUGUGUCCCCUUGGGGUGUAAAAAUUUCACUGAAAACGUCUUACGCCCAACGAGACAUGAACGAACUUCUGGACCGAAUGUGUGGGAGGCUCUCUGGUGGGAUGAAUUUACCCUGAAGCCGUCGGAGGGUGAAGGUGGUCCCUUGAAAAUCGUCUUUACACCGACUCAGCACUGGUCCGGCCGAAGUAAUUACUUUCAAUUUUUUUCGGUAUGUUUGCCUUCCGAAUUUUACUGCAGCCCGGUGGCACUGUGUUCCGCUGGCAAAGAUUCCUUAGUUGUGUCUUUGUUAGUACAAAAACAGAAUUCUCAUUGUUAUGAUUACCUCCACUGCUUGCUUACCUGUCGUCAUGGUUUUCGCCUUCCUGGGUAAUGGGUGCCUAUGAUCUUUUGUUAUAAACGACUCCUGUCUUCAUUGUCCCCAGACUAGUUGACAUUCUAUCCGUGAAUGCGAAAAAUUUUAUUCAGUGCUCACCGAUCCACGAAGCUUCAUUAUGACGAAAGUUGCCUUGGACUAAUUACUUUUCGAGAUUACUCGCCUUGUGUUGCGCGCAACUCUGCAUUUCGUAAGCCGACUGUUUUUGAUCGCUCCAGCAUGCCUACAUGCUCAGCGUGGUCUACUAGGCGGAACCGCUAAACUAUGUCGAAAAAAAUUACAUCUUAGCCUCCCGUGGUUGAUGUAGGCUCGUGUCACACGGGUUUGAGACUGCAUGGUAACGAAUUCGUAAACUCAACAUGGAAGGAUGUUCUAAUGUAAACACGGGAGCCAUUUCAUGCUGAUUAUUUCACAUUGUGAGUGCGUAUAUCGCUUUGUAUGUUGAUUUUGCGUCCUACAGUCAUAAACAACCGCCUAACAUAUGAAGCAGUACUACUUUUUGCUUCUAACCUGAGGGAGUCGAGAUGAUGGGACGCCCGUCUGUGUAUUGAAAAACUGUAUCCUCACCUCCCAAAUAACUAGCUGGGAACUAAGAGGGAUAGGUUUACGUCUUCGCUUCAGCGAACAUCGAUGACCCCCCUUUUCACUAGAUAAUGCAUAUCACCUCUUAGGGUGCACCAAAGCCUGCAUUUUUUGGAAUAAUCAUACUCACUAAUUUCCGUCUCAGAUCAGAGACUCGGGCGUCUUAUCAGACGUCAAAUCUUUGUAUGGAAAGAAGGAUUAGGUAGACAGUCUGACAACUGUUGAUGAUCGUGGACCGCGUCUUUAGUUUGAUUGGUUGGUCUCUCUCAGUUGAGCUGGUAAUGAUUUGAGUCGGGUGAUUAACCAGGUUGAAUCCUGGCAGCACAACGGAAUGUUACCUCAACUCUAUUCACCUGACUAACAGUGAAUACGAACGUUAUCGAGGUUGUUUCGGCAGGCACUUUGAGGUUGUAAUUAUCUUUGUCGACCUUUUUGUAAUCGUAGUCAUUCGUACCCUUAGAUGCAUACAAGCAAGAUCUCAGUCUGAAACCUGUGGCAGCUACUUUAGGACAAGCCGAUGCUCAACACCCAAACCAUUGCGCCACGGUUCGACUUGUAACACUACUUUUGCCCGUAGUUACUUCAGCAUGCCCACAGUUUCUUAGGAGUAAUUCUCUCACACAGUUACUCCACAUGACUAUUCCUUACUUCCUCAUUACGAAGUUCGCACCACGUGCACUUCUAUCAUAACGAUUAAUGCCGUACAUUGUUUUAAACUACGAAAAGUCAAUCCUCCUGCCACCGUUUUGAAGUCAACUGCAUAAAAUAUAGGGGACAAUCCUAUGAUUUCGGCGCAAGCCUCCGCCUUACUUCCACCCUAGACUAUUCGAUGCCAUGUUCGUUUAGUCUUUUAUUAAGCACUUUACCUCCAAUUGCUUUGUAAUUCUGUCUGUCUAACACCAUAGAGCACAUGUGCUAUUCACCGCUGGGCCCGCCUCGUGGGGUAGCAGCGGAUUUCGUCGCCUGUGACAUUCGAAAUAGUGUGUAGAGUGGCUCAGCUGUCUGUAUACCAAAUGGAUUAACAACGUGGACCCUCGUAGAUUUUAUCGGGACCCUAUUAGAGCGGCCUUCAGAUUGAGGCAAGAAGCAGGCCUUAGUGGCUAACAUAGCCAACUCCACCCACCGGCAGUGUGAUUUCCUUUCUCUCUAGGCAUCAGGCUGAUCAGUCCAGGCCUGACUGGCCCACACAACCGCAAAUUAUAAAGUUGGCAUUAUAUGAACAUGAAUUCCCUGUGCGUUCUGACUGCUCUGUGUCUGCAAUGACUAGGAAGAAGUCUGACAACUUUUUGCCGGUCCUUAUACGGCAUUUUAUCCUUAUUUCACGAACACCUAGAGCCUGUGGGGCAGUUGGGCAAUAAUUGGGCCACGUCAUCGAGCCUGGUUCGCCGGGGACACGGGCUACUGUGCUGGUUUCAAGGAGAUUGGCGCCAAAUAUGGUCCAUUUGAUGUAGCAGCUAUUCCAAUCGGUGCCUACAAGCCAAGGUAGGUCACUUUUUGACCCGCUCCGUACACUUUUAUUGCGUAUUACCCACGUCUUCGCCUUUGUCCUCAGAGCUGUUUGUUUCGUUGGUCUGAAAUCUCUUUCACGGCAACCUAGGAUGUCCAUCUAACUGAGUACUCUGUUCGAUCGCUUGUGAAUUUUAAUACAAAUACUUAGGUUGUCCCCUCCCCCCUCUAAGUGGUUUAUCGUUCACUAAAGGUUUGAUCUCCACCUGUAUGAGCUGAUACUUUCAACGGCCAAUAUUAUACCUCAUGCAACUCAUGGUGCUUCCGCGUUUUCCUUAAAGCCAUGGCCUGGGCCCAGCCCAACGUCCGGACUUGAGGCGCGUUCCCCACAGAUUGUUGAAAAGUUAAUGUAACUCACUCCGCGCUCAACCGUUCCAGCUGCAAAAUCGAGUCAGAACAGUGGGGAAGGCGUAGAUUUUUUGUCAACACUCACCUUCUGACUUCGCUGAUGGUGACAAAAGAAGCUUGUUAUUUUCGCUGGCUUCUCGAGCUGCCGAUGGCUGUAUUAUUGUCUUUUUAAUUGAAAAUACCGGGAGGAUCAGAAGUAAUCAGCCCGUUCAGUUUACAGCGACGGCUUUCUCAAACAUUUGUUUAGUCCGCGUGCAUGAGCGAAAAUGGUUUUCGAGGCACACUUGUAGUGUUAAUUUGAAGAACGCGAAUCAUCGAACUUGUUAUUGCUACGCAAAUAGAUUGCUCGAAAACAGGUGAUAGGGUUUAUUUAUAAGGCAGCAAUCAAAUGUGGCUUGUCAACGCAUAGAGAAAAUGAACAGCUUUCCAUACUCUAGUUCCUGGGCUCCUUCCAUCAUUUACUAUGGUAAGAAUUGAUCUGCCGCACAAACGCAACCUGAACCACUGAAAACUACAUCGUGUGGUAAAUUCACGUCAAAACCUAAUAUCUAUAUCUAACAGGUAUUUUUUUGCAGUAAAUUGUACUCUCCACUUGCUGGUCUCAAGUCCUUGUAUAAGAUCUGUAGGACUUCGGAGAGUUUAACUGCUGCUACUACCCCGGACCACUCAGGCGCCAAUAUACAACUUCCUACACGAGGAAUCCCGAACUGUGCCGACCAAAACAGCCUACUUUGGGAGGUUCUACCGUAGUGAUCGCACUUCCAGAAGACUUUCUUGAGAUUUUUCAAUGAACACGCUGUAGAAUGUGGGACCACCACCGUUGCUUAGAAAUCGGUCUGCCCAGUGAGCAGGACUAGGAACUAAAGCCAACCCGAUACUCUACGACUUCUACAUUUCCCGUUCCAGACAGUCCACUGGAAUUGUCCAACUGCUGUUCUUGUCUGUAUUUACCUGUACCACUAUCAAGGAACUGGUUAAAUAUUUACAAAUGAAUUCCACGUGCGAUAGGACUUAAUUCGUAGCAAAUAUCGUGUCUUAAUUCAUUUCAAAAGAACGUCCUCCGCCACCGAUUUUUGCUUUGCUAACUGCAACUGAAAUCCUGCUAGCAAUAUGUGUUUCGCCAACUAGGUGAAGGUUCGAAAUAAUUAAGUUGAAAACUCUUACAAUUCUAGAUUUUAUGUAGAAAAGAAUAACUAUUUCAACGCUUUUGGCAUUGACUUCACGACCAGCUAGAGUUGUUUCUGAACUAUUUUCUCAGAUGAACCUUCAUCAAGUUUGACAGUCAGGCCGAUAGAAGCGAUCGUUUCUUAAGACGGCGAUACCUGAUUGCCUACUUUUCUGUUUUUUGCCGAAUUGACUCUCGGACCUCUCAUGUUUUUGUCUACAGACAUGCCUUGCAGUAUCAGCAUAUCGAUCCUGCCGAGGCCGUCAAGGUUCAUCAGGACGUCAAAGCCAAGUAUUCUAUCGGCAUUCACUGGGGAACCUUUGCGUUAGGCCGCGAGGCAAGUUAUUUUUAAGUGUGUUUACUGUAAAAGAUACGCUCGGCCAACAUUGCUCAUGACCAGCCUUCAUAGUGUGUUCCUUCGAAGUGCCCAGGGCUCUUCCUCGAUAGGUAUGUUGGUUCGACGCGUUACACUGAUUGUUGCUUCGAGUAGUGCAGGAAGCUACCCGCUCCUUCGAAAUUUCGGACUGCCAGCGAUUACAGUGGCUUUUUUUCUUGAAUUUGCCACUUUGUCCCUCUUUUUGUUCAAACAAGGAACAAGUCACUGUCCAUCGACAUGUAGGUGUUUAUAAGGUAUCGGCAAUCUAAGAGUCACUCGCGGGAGAAGUGCACAGGCGUUUUGGCGUUUCGCAUGGCGGAUUUGGCCACCAAUCCUUAUGGGCUGUGAAGUGUUGUGUACAACUUCCGUUCCAGUGGGCUUGACAUUUAGAUGAUGAGUUCCGGUCGUGCGAGACAAGAUCCAGGGUUUCGCUUUUGUUUUUGUCUCGGGCACUAUCAUGGACUCCAUAGAAUUCUCGGUCAUUUUAGAGCACGAGAACCUUAUUUCGACAGCGCGCUCUAUCCGGAUCAACGGCAGAAUGACGAUCAUUAUUUUCGCGUUGACUGAUAACUCCCUAAACGUCUUUUGCGCAUCGCUUUAGUAAAAUAUGCACUAUCCGGUGUGACAUAAACCGUGAGGUAACCUAAUGCCAAAGUUCUUUGGACUUGUCUAACACGUUGUUUUGGUAUAGCACUGAAUCAAAAGAGGCCGUUAAGGUUACCGGAUCAACAUCAUGCCCGUUAGAACAUGCUUCUCUUUAAGGAACCUUUGUUUAAGCCUCAGUAGGUUUCCGACGAGAGAUUAUACACCAGACUUUGCGCUCAACUUGGGGAAUUUGGAGGAGUUUCAGCACUGCGAAUAAAUACGGAAGUCAGUCCUCUUGGGUGCACUGUCUUCGACCAAUUGGCGACGAUAAUGUAUAGGUACUUGACCAACGCGCUGCAAAUUCCAAGUUACAAUAGAAGCGACUAAUUCGACCGUCGCCAUUAAUCAGGCAAUGCUGACAUGCGCGAAUGGAUUCGUCUCUGGUGUAGGGGACUUUCACCGCAUGUUCCACCACACCCUUCCUGCGCCCACCGUGCUUCUAUGACAAAACAAGGUCAUGACCGGAGAUGAGCGCUGGUGUUGCGGCCGAUACAGCCAAUUGGUCCUUUCGCACGUGCCACACACGGCCUUGUUCUUACCCCCACAAAGUUGGCGCCUUUCCUCAUCGUUCUCAUCGAACGGGUUUCGACGUGUUUUUUUGUUUUGUGCAAGUCCAACGGCUUCUGUGGCACCUGCAUGAAUGGCGUACCGGAACUUUUUUUAGACUUGCUCAACAUCCUCAUCCUCUGUUAUUUGCAUGUACUCUGGACUGAUGUCCAUUUUAUUGGAGAGUACUGUCAGCGUCCAACCAGAUACAGUGCCGUCGCGUUCAUCUUCGUUGGUGCCUCUUCCCUCUGAGACCGUCUCUGCGACUGGACUUGCUGCCUCAUUUUCGAGAUAGGCAGGUGGUGAUUAGUCCACCACUAUCACGCGCACGCCUCGGUUAUCUUGUUUCCUGACCAGCAUAUGGUCCCACACUUGCAGCGAAAGUUACCCGCGAAGUAAGCAGGCUGUCUGACCUGACGAAUAAUUAGUCUCAGACUGCGGCGGACCCUGGUGUUAAAGCACAGGACGACAUACAUACAUACAACAUGUGUGUACCGCUGGCUGUCUGUUAGCAUUCUAUGAAUACUACGCGAUUAUUCCGUUGUAAUAUAUCAAUUCCGGCCCAAUUAUUCAUGUCAACCUUUGAAUUGAGCCUAUAAACCUUAAUUCCGACUGAUUAACUCCAAGUUAGGGCUUUAAUCUCUGAGGGAGCUUACGUAGCCGACAUUUCGAAACUAGAGCAUCUGCCGCAAAGCGCACAGCGAACGCUGGGUGGCUCACUGAUGAGCCGGACCCCUUGCAGUUGUGUCAUACAUCGGUAGAAUAUCGGCGAAACAUAUGCCUGGGCUUUUAGCCAGCAUCUAUAUAACGACAUACGGCAGUUCAACCGUCAUUACCGGCAAUGUCCACUCAGCAUGGUAGGCGUUUGGACCGUGAUCUGCGCGUAGAUUGAUUUAUGGUGACUGCAGGCUUGCGUUGCAUCUACCACCCCUUUAUGCGCUCGGUGUCAAGACAACUAAGACCGCAGACGGGAUCGGGCGCGAUGUGAACCUGCGCCUAGGCGCGCCAUUACACCCCCAUUUGUGGAAUCUGUUAUGGGUGCGCAUCAAAAUAACGUGUGCCAGAUCCGGAUCUGGUCCUCGUGUUGGCCCAGAGCAUUUACUGCGUGUCCCGUUAUAUGGUGCAAACUAGACGAUAUAAGCAGUAAACCCCAAUCCUCAAGUGCAGCUAGUUUUGCGCUAACUGCAUUAAGUGAUAUACCGUCUGAGUCCGACAGCCUGAAUGUAAAUUUCUUCGGCAAAAUUUUCGUAGCAUAUGUUCGGUCGCAUUUUUAGUACAGUGUGCAAGCUUGGAGGUCAUGACCAAAGAAACAUAAACGUGCUACAAUAGCAGUGUCAGUGCUAAAUUUUACUGGACAUCCCCGCAGAUUGUGUUUAUUAUAACCUGUUCUUUCUCAGUCAAAGGCAAAGCAGAAACGACCCAAUUUUGACCUUCCAAAUGCCAAAAGGCUUUGACUUUGAAAUCGACUAUGAAUAAUUUUCACAGCUGAUGUCGCGAUCGAGCUUACUGAGGACACUGCUGGAAGCCAGGGAUGGGCGAAAGAAGCCAGUGCUGAAUUCUCUCUCCGAGGGCUCUCCGCAAGUGGAAUGCUCUCUAAGUAGUUGAGGUUCAUAUCGUCACCUUCCUUGAGCCGCGUCUUGACUGUCACUGGCUUGUGAAGUUUGGUAGGCAGUAGAGGAGGACCCACAUAGACACGUUAUGCUGAGCAUUGCCCAAGACAUACCAUCGUUAAGUUGCAUACAUGCACUACUCGUCUUAUUUUAGUAGAAAGUGUUGCUUUAAUGUCAGUGUCGAAGAAUGACGUGACCGCCGUCCUGUUUGGGAAUUUGAAAUUUUCUUUCGGAAGAAUCUCCAUAAAGGCUUAAUGGAGUCAACAGUGGCACUGGUCUAACUUCAACUGCAAUGACCAACUAGCCUCAAGUACGAGUGGGCACCGACGUAGCAAAUCAGUUGCAGAGAAUGUCUUUAGGUUUUGCCCGCCGUCUGACAUAAUCCUUCAUCCCUAAGCAGUGAUAUCGGAGGGGCGAGUCGAGAUGUCCACAUCUGAAUCCGGGAACUACGGCGUAAUAUCCGCUCCACCACCUAGCUGUCCCACGCGGCCGCUGCCCAACGAGUCACGGUUUAACGUGGUUUUUGACGAAUGGGGGCCAUGAUCCGCGUGCUCUGUUUUGGAGUUCCUGAUGACCGGUGGAGCCGAGUGAAUUAACACUCCAAAAGCAGCAACUGUGCGGGAGAUGCAGGAGUUCCACUAAUUUGCCCAAUUUUGCCUAAUUACUUGCACUGGCCCGGUGGCAAUUUGUCGAGGACUUACGUGUUUGCCAACCGGUCUUCUGGAUAAACUCUGACGAGGCGGGAUGUCCAAUUUGGGCCAGAAAAGUCAGCAACCAGAAGCUAGUAGGAGGUACUUCAUUGAAAAAGCAGCUGGGCGAAUUUUUGUAUUACGAGGAUGUUUUCGGGAUGAAAAUGAGACCAAGACUUUUUAAAAUAAAAAUUAUGUGGGUGGUUUCCCUGCUAGGCCGAAGGCAGUUUAUAGUGAGGAACGGCAUCGGUUAGAACGAUUCCACCUAUAUGAUUGCAUAUAAAGUGCGUAGCGGAUAGGCACGCAGCGGUGAGGUUAUAUCUAUGAAGUAUCAUGAUUUUGCUAGUUAAAAUCCGGUAAGCAUCCUGCAAUUUAACAUUCGCAAUUCAAAAAGCCAACAAGUAAUACAAAUAGUAUGCCUUAGUCAGCGCCCUGUCCCGGACGCUGGUCGCGGAACAGAGGGGUUUGUGAAGUCAUUUCCACAACUCAUCCAAACAGCCUGCCUGUAGCUGGUAAAUUACUUGACAUUCCUCUCCACAUCACAAUUCUCGCCGCUAUCCCUGAUUUGACAUCUGCUGACUUGUCGGUCAUGGGGAUAUUUUACGACCCUUUACAGCACUAUCUUGCCCCAAAGAGGGACCUAACUGUGGCUCUCGAUGAGGCCGGCCUCCCCGCGUCUGUCUUUCGAACCCUCUUUCAUGGGCAGUCACUGUGCUACCGCCGUGAACCUACCGAGGAAGUGCUUGAGGACUAG